AUCUGAUUGUAUUAGUAACUAACUCAGUAGAUGAAUUAUUAUAGUUAAACUAUAAGUAUAAUUAUGAGUAUGAGUCAACCAUUUGAAUUAAGGCUUCGAGUGAUUCAUACAGAUUUGGUGGAAUCACAUGAUCCUCAGAUUGAAUUAUUAGUAGAUGUACGUUUAGUUAAUACCAUUAAGGAAAUUAAACGUAAAAUAUGGAGUAAACGAUCUGAUUAUGAUGUUAAUAAUCAAGAAAUAAAAUAUAAGGGAAUCACUUUAACUGAUGAUGCGAUACUAAGUGAUGUUUUAGGAAUCACUUCAGCACCUGAAUCUCCAUUAAGAGAUGAUUUUACUUUAGUAAUUACUAUGAAUAGUAUCCCUAAAGAAAUACCAAUUCCUUCCUCAAUUUCAAUCCCAAUUCCAUCAAUUCCAAUUAAUUCAAUUGAUGUUGAUGAUGAUGAUUCUACUAAAUUCGAAUUCACAAUACGUAAAGGUGACACUUCUGAAGAAAUUUCAUUAUCUGAUCAAGAUUGUAUAUUGGUUGAAGGAGAUCAUGAACCAUACUUAUUGAUUAGUAAAGCAGGAAAAUCCAAAUUAAAUACUGUACUUGAAAGAGUAAAGAAUGUCCGAAUUGAUCAAGUAAAGAUUGAAUAUGAUGGGUCUGAUGCUACUGUAACUCAUAAUUCCUCAACCAGUGGCAUUCCUGUUCAUAUCCAUGAUCAACAUGUUCACGAUAAUAACGAUCAUAAUAAUAUCAAUAAUAUAGAGGGAAAUCAUAUUAACAUUAAUAAUAACAUUAAUAAUAACAUUAAUAAUAGAAACCCAGAUAACGUACCCGUUCAACAAGUAGUAGUAAAUAUCCUAAGACAAUUGGGGGAAACAGGAGCUUUAGUUGUUAGUUAUGCUUUCAGAUUAUUUAUAGUACUACAGAUAUUAGGUAUAAGAAUUCCAGAUCAUUUUUUACUGAAUUGGUAUAAAUAUUUCGUAUACGCCAUGGUAGCUCAUGCAGUCUAUGUUGCUGCAAUUGCUCCUAAUAGAUUACGAGGUAUAAACGGACCUCAUGGGGUGGGUAAUCUUAACCCUAAUGAUAACCUUAAUAAUGAAAAUAAUGAUAAUAAUGACAACAACAAUAAUAAUAAUAAUGUACUUAAUAAUGUCUUAGGCCCUAAUAUUCUUAAUAAUCGGAUCUUUAAUUUACCAAGACAAGCUUAUAAUAAGGCUCAAGAAGUCGUGAUAAGUGUACGAGAUGAAAUAAUUAAAAUGGCUGUAAGACGAACUCGAGAUUAUGAAUAUAUUUUAGAUGGUAAAAGUGUUUUAAUAGGAGAAAUUGAAAAUUUCGUAAAGGAUUUAACGUUAUUAAAUCUUUCAUUAAUACCAACAUUACAAGAUAACAUAGAAACAGAAAUCAAGAUUUGGAAAAGUAUUGAACUUGAUGAAUUAGAAUAUAAGGUUAAAUCUCAUGUUACGUUAGUAGAGACAUUAAUUGAGUUUUAUAAUUCUAAAUUUACCCCUGAUUUUGAUUUUGAAGAAGAGAUAUCAUUUGAAACCAUUAAAUCGGUUUUACAGUCUAUUAAUAGUGCAUUAGCAAAUAAUGCUGGCCAUGAAGGAACAAUUACUUUAAAAGAGGAUAAAUAUAAAUUAUUAAUAGAGUACUAUAAAAGGUUACAUAAAGGUUAUAUUGUUCUAAAUAAGAGUUUUGUUAGUAAUAGUCCUUAUAAAGAUGGUAAAAGGAAGGGAGAUAUUGCAACAUCACUACCCAAUGAAGAACUUGGAGAAGAUUUUGAAGAGAUUGAGUCACCUACUGAAGUUAUUGAAAUAAUUAAUGAUAAUUCUGAACCAGUUCAAGAUAGGGGUAUAGCUACAGGUGUAGAACAAUUUGAACGAGACAAUUGAGUUAAGUAUAUAGAUAAUUGCUUUAGUAUAUAGAUAAUUCAGACAAUAUUGUAAAUACUGAUAACAUAAUAUAAUAUAUAGUAUAAUAUAAGAUAUAUUAUUA